AUGUGGAAGGACUCCAGCAAUGAUGAUGCCGUGUCCGUGGCCUCCAGCGGUGGCUCCUCUCGCAGCGCCAGCCGCAGAAAGAGAACCAGCUUCUCCAAAGAACAUGUGGAGCUGCUGCGCGUCACCUUCGAGACUGACCCGUACCCUGGCAUCAGCCUCCGAGAGAGCCUGUCCCAGACCACAGGCCUGCCAGAGUCACGCAUCCAGGUGUGGUUUCAGAACAGAAGAGCUCGUACUCUGAAGUGCAAAGGGGCCAAGAAAGCGCUGUGGCAGUCUGAGAGCCCAGUCCAUAAUGCUCUACCUCCACCUCACCCUGUAGCCAGCAUGGGCCCGCUUGGCUCAGUCCAUCUGCUGCCCCAGGGCCCUCCACCAGCCUACCCCACCCUGGUGAAGGAGGAGCUGAAGGAAGCCUGCUACUAUGGACAACGUCCUCCAGCCUACUCCACCAUCGAGGAGCAUGGCCACUAUGGCUCCAUGUAUGGGCUCCAGCAGGGCAGACAGCUGGCAGGCAGCUCCAGUCCACCCGUGAGGGGCUUCUGGUCCCAGCCAGGAAGCCAAACCUCCCCUGUCCCGCCUCAGUGGUGCCCCUUUCGCCUGGAGAUGAGAAACUACGGCUCAGCCCGCGGGUAUACAGGAUCAGCAGAGCAGCAGAUGUAUAUGCCCUCCUCCACCUCCCACUCCUCAACCCCAGACACCCCUGAUUCUGGAUACUGGGAUGGCAGUCUAGAGAGCAGCCCACCAGUAGAAAGUCAAGAGUCGGGACAUCCAGAGUCGGGACAUCCAGCGCCGGUCCAGCACGCCCCCCUGCCUGAGCUGUCCCUGCAGGAGAUUCUGGGCCAGCUGGAUGAGGACUGGUUGGGAGGACAGGGACUGGACAGCCAUGCGACUGGAAAUGAAAUGUCUUUCUGCUAA